UAUCACAUCACCUUGUUGCUUUCCAAAAAAAAACAAAAAAAUGAAUCAUCUAAUCCCUCCUCUUUCUCCAACAAAUAGGUUUUGUGUGCAAACUCCCUUCUUACAUAAAUUUGUAAAUAAUUUAACUUGGUUUCUAACUUUCUAUUACUGUUAUGAUUAUUGGAGGUGGUGGUCGGAAGAAACAACAGCGGUCGUGACCGGAGCAAACAAAGGUAUAGGUUUUGCGGUGGUGAAGAGGUUAUUAGAGCUUGGACUAACUGUAGUUUUAACUGCCCGAAACGCCGAAAAUGGAAGCCAAGCCGCUGAAUCCCUCCGCCGCAUUGGCUUUGGAAACGUUCAUUUUUGCUGCCUCGACAUCUCCGAUCCUUCUUCCAUCGCCGCGUUCGCCUCUUGGUUCGGUCGCAACUUAGGAAUACUCGACAUUCUGGUGAACAAUGCCGCCGUUUCAUUUAACGCGGUGGGCGAGAAUUUAAUCAAAGAGCCAGAGACAAUCAUCAAGACCAAUUUCUACGGUGCCAAGCUUUUAACGGAGGCGCUUUUGCCGUUGUUUCGGCGUUCCGUCUCCGUUAGUCGCAUCCUUAACAUGAGUUCAAGGCUUGGCACAUUAAAUAAACUGAGAAGCCCUAGUAUAAGACGAAUCCUAGAAAGUGAAGACCUUACCAAUGAACAAAUCGAUGCGACAUUGACUCAAUUUCUGCAGGACGUGAAGAGCGGGACUUGGGAGAAGCAAGGAUGGCCGGAGAACUGGCCGGACUACGCCAUCUCAAAGUUGGCCUUAAACGCUUACUCUAGGGUUUUGGCUCGACGUUACGACGGCAAAAAACUGAGUGUGAAUUGUUUAUGCCCUGGUUUCACUCGUACGUCUAUGACCGGUGGUCAGGGGACUCACACGGCGGAUGAGGCUGCUGCCAUUGUAGCCAAGUUGGUGUUGCUUCCUCCGGAGAAGCUGGCUACCGGAAAGUUCUAUAUAUGCGUAGAGUCUAAAAAACUUAUUUCCAAGUUGUGACUCUAUUAUAGCUUUCUUCACCUGCACGCAUAUUUUAUUACAUCAUCGUUAGUCUACUUUGUGGAUCUGGGCCCAUUUUGAAUCAAAAGUAGGCUUUUUGGCCCAUUAAUUUCGAUUUCGUGGCUUUGAUAAAAACAAUGAAAUUAGGGUUUCUUCUUCUUCCUCUGCAGCCGCUUCUGCUUCUCCUAUAUAAAUAAGUAAAGGCUUGGACACUAUCAAUCAUCUUCAAGUCCGAUUCAAAGUCGUAGUUUCUUUUCUUUAGGAGGUCUUUCAUGGCUUUGUAGUGUUUUUUUUAUCGUGUAUCUAAGUAAUUUAUUUCAAUUAUAUUUUUAAAUAAAAGCCAAUUUGCAGAGCAAUGACGUCAAAAUAAAAAUGGCGUAAGUUGCCUUGAAGGUUGGCAACAACAAAUAGCGAUUCUCCGUGCCUAUCAAGUUUUCUAAUCUUGAUUGUUGGCCUCGAACAAGUCGCUACAUUCUUUUUCAAAUCCACAUCUUUAAUGUUCUUAGUUUUCCGAUUGUUUUCAUCGUCUUCAUAGGUUUCAAAGAUCUCUUUA